ACCAGCAAGCAGCAGUCUACCACCAUCCCACCAAUCUCCCAAAUUAAGCCAUCCGUCACCAGCCAGCCAACCAGCACUCACUCACUAGCUACGUCCAACUCGUACACAACCCCUCUUUCUCUCUAUCUUCUCUCCAUCCAUCCAUCCUCUCGCUCGCCCUUCGACAGCUAGCUAAGCAGUACGACGUAGUAUACUAGCAUUUAGCAGUUCAUCAACGCGCUCAACCUAGCACGACGUACGGCGAUGAGGCGCCGCGGCAGCAACUCCUCGCCGCUUGCGGCUGCUGCCCUGCCCCUCCUACUCCUCCUCGUCGCCGGCUGCUUCCACUGCAUGGCAGCGGCGGCUCGCCACCUGCCUUCUCCUGGCGCCCCAGUCCAAGCGCUGGAUCACCAAGCCGAGAACGGUGUCAAGGCUGCAUCAGCUGGUGCAGACGGCGCCGGCGGCCUUGUGCUCCAGGAAGGUGGCACGGGCAACAACGGCGACGACCUCUCCUCCAAAACCCUCCUCGAGACGACGACGACGACGAUGGGAGCGGAGGCGUGCGAGGAGGGGAACGACAAGGACGAGUGCGUGCAGAGGCGGCUGCUCGUCGACGCGCACCUCGACUACAUCUACACGCAGCACAAGGGCAAGCCGUGACCGUCAGCGACGAGGACGGUGCAUGCCGCGGCUGCAGAAAAUGAGGAGCGGAAGAGGAGUGAAAAAAUGAUGGACCAUCCUCAAACCAAAUAUCCUAUAAAUUCACGCACAAGGGGAAGGGGAUAGUAAUCUCAUCUGCUGCUGCUAGCUACUAGUACAUGCAUCGAUCGACCUUCUGCGUGUGCUGUAUAUUUCUGCCACGCUGCCUAUAUAUUAGCAUGCAUCAUCAUCUAGGUCUAGGACUGUCUGAUGGUUUCCCGUAUUUGUAAACACUGAUGAACAGUACCUCUCUCUCUCUCUGCUUCCUGUAACCACCAAGCUUACUUGGUCCAAGAGAACGUAACAACGCACAUUUGUUUACUUGGCCC